AUGAAUGAGGAAUUGUUGGCUCUGGAGAAGACUGAUACGUGGGACAUCUGUUCUCUACCUCACGGCAAACACGCUAUUGGUUGCAAAUGGGUUUACAAGCUCAAACUUUUGGCGAAUGGUUGCUUGGAACGUUAUAAGGCACGUUUAGUUGCAAAAGGGUACACUCAAAAACCCGGUGUUGAUUUUGUAGACACAUUCUCACCGGUGGCCAAGAUGACAACUGUCAAGACUUUACUUGCAGUCUCUGCGGCCAAGAAUUGGAGUUUGACUCAGCUCGAUAUCUCUAAUGCCUUCCUUAAUGGGGAUUUGGAUGAGGAAAUUUAUAUGACACUUCCUCCUGGUUAUACUCCAAAACCUGGAAUCACUUUACCUCCAAAUGCUGUUUGUAGGCUGAAGAAGUCACUGUAUGGCCUUAAGCAAGCCUCUCGUCAGUGGUUCAUCAAAUUCAGUACUACACUUCUGGCUUUGGGUUUCAAGAAGUCACACGCGGAUCACACCCUGUUUAUCAAGAACGAUUGUGGUCGUUAUGUGGCUGUGUUGGUUUAUGUAGAUGAUAUUAUCAUUGCUAGCAACAACGAUGAAGAAGUUGAGACUUUAAAGUCUAAUCCAAAGUUAGCUUUCAAGCUACGGGACUUGGGCGAAUUAAGAUAUUUUCUCGGUUUGGAGAUUGCUCGUUCAAGCAAGGCAUAUCAGUUUGCCAACGGAAAUACACUCUGGAGCUUCUUGAGGACACUGUUUACUUCUGCCCCUAAGGCUUCACAUCUUCAUGCGGCUCAUAAGGUGCUUCACUACUUGAAAGGCACGAUUGGUUUAGGCCUAUUCUAUUCAGCGGAUUCCGACUUGUUAUUGAAAGGUUUCACGGAUGCUGAUUGGAAUUCUUGUUCAGAUUCGAGGAAGUCUACUUCUGGGUUUUGUAUGUUUCUUGGUCCUUCUCUCAUUUCAUGGAAUUCCAAGAUGCAGCAAACUUCAUCUCAUUCCUCAGCUGAAUCAGAAUAUCGUGCGAUGGAGUUUGCAGCUGCAAUCCACAUUGCCAACAAUGCCGUCUUCCACGAACGGAUGAAGCAUAUAGAGAAUGAUUGUCACAUUGUUCGUGACAAGAUUCAGAGUGGUUUGAUCAGGACUUUACACAUCACCACGGAGAGUCAGCUCACGGAUGUGUUUGCGAAGCCUCUGUUUCCUACUCAGUUCAACUUUCUUCUCGGCAAGAUGUCGCUUCUUUCAAUUUACUCGCCAUCUUGA